GUUGCCACACUGGUAACAGUGUUAAGGCCGCAGGUUUGGAAAACACAACAACGUUAAUUCCCCAUAUAUUGUGACUACAAGUAAUGUUUACACCAAGUACAUUUGGGAGCAGUGGCUCCGGAUUUAGUGGGUUUGGGUUAUCGACCUCCACGCCAGCGUCUGCAAACCCGAUGAAGGAUUUUGAGGUUGUGAAUCCACCGGAUGAUUCAGUCCAAUGCAUGGCAUUCUCUCCACCAUCUAUUCCCCAAGAUUUUCUGGUUGCUGGAAGCUGGGAUAAUAAUGUACGUUGCUGGGAGGUACAGCGUGAUGGGAAGACCAUUGGCAAAGCACAGCAGACCAUGGGUGGGCCUGUGAUGGAUGUUGCUUGGCAUGAUGAUGGCAGCAAGGUGUUUAUGGCGAGUGCUGAUAAGACAGUUCAUUGUUGGGACUUGGGCAGCAACCAGAAGAUGCAAGUUGCCCAGCAUGAUGCUCCAGUAAAAACAGUACACUGGAUCAAGGCACCCUCAUAUUCCUGCAUCAUGACUGGGUCUUGGGAUAAGACUCUUAAAUUUUGGGACACAAGGAAUCCUCAGCCAAUUAUGACCAUCAAUCUACCUGAGCGGUGUUACUGUGCUGAUGUGGAGUACCCAAUGGCAGUUGUUGGAACUGCUAAUCGUCACUUAAUUGUAUAUCAACUUGAAACACAACCACAAGAAUUCAAGCAAAUUGAAUCGCCUCUUAAAUAUCAGCAUCGGUGUGUUGCAAUCUUUAAAGACAAGAAGGGUGCAGGUGCCCCAGCAGGGUUUGCUCUGGGCAGUGUUGAAGGACGAGUGGCAAUACAGUACAUUGUCACUGCAUCUCCACGAGAUAAUUUCACUUUCAAGUGCCAUCGCUCAAAUGGUACCUCUAAUGGGUUCCAAGAUAUAUAUGCAGUGAAUGAUAUCAAAUUUCACCCGGUUCAUGGUACACUGGCAACUGUAGGCUCUGAUGGCAGGUUCAGUUUUUGGGACAAAGAUGCUCGCACAAAGCUCAAGAACUCAGAAGCUAUGGAGCAGCCCAUCUCAUGUUGUGCAUUUAACCACAAUGGCCAGAUAUUUGCUUAUGCUGUAUCAUAUGACUGGUCUAAGGGCCAUGAAUAUUUCAACCCACAAAAGAAAAAUUACAUUUUCCUAAGAUCGUGCUAUGAUGAACUGAAACCUAGAAGUCGUUAACAAGAAACCAUACCAGAGCCUGAAUGACAUUUUCCAUGAUGACCAGUACUGAAAAAGGUGAACUCAAGAGAUGAAGAUAAGUGAGUAUGCAUGUACAGGCUAUCCCACUUUUGAAGGGAUUAGCAGUAUUUCUUAUAAUUUCUGUAUUAUAAUUGCUUCUUUAGUAAUCACCAAUAUUAAAUUCAAUGUUUGAUUGUGCAAAUUUUUUUGCCAUUUUUAGGAUGUUUAUUCAGUGGAACUCCAAAAACUGGCCACUCAUAAAAUAAAAGCUUAAAAAAAUUGGCUGUAUUUUUUUUUCUGAAAUAUGGCAAGUAUGUAUUACAAAAUUCAAAACACCACCUCAUAAUUACCAUACGGUCUCCUCUGUUGACCAGUGCUGUGGUUGACUGUGCUGCUUCUUAUGCACUGUUUGUAGUUCUUGAGCUUGUGGUGGUGCAUACCCAGUCUUUUUUUUUUAUUAUAAGUUUUUUGCUCCGUGAUUUCUAUUAUGGGAUCACUGCCCAGUGGUGCUAACUUUGUAAAAUGCAAGAGUAGUGUAUAUGGGGCUUGUAACCAUGAAGUAAAUGAAAAUUUUCUGCCCUUUUCUUUUGUUCAUUAAUUAUAUAUCAAAUGGAGACAAUGCAUACUUUUUUAGAAGUGAAUAAAUGUUUGUUUUUUAGCACAUUUAUUUAUGUAAUUACUAUAUUUUUACAUGUAAAUUACAUUAAAUAACACAAAACUUUUGAGUAGAUAGAGCAAACUGGGUAAAAUUACACUUUUAGUUUCUAAAACGUGGCAAAUUCCCAAACCCCAUUAUGUUGGAUUUUUGACGUUUCACUGUCAUAACUGAUAACAGUACGUAUACUGUACUGUACUGUACAUAUGGAAAUUGACUAUUUCAUCUAGUUUCACAUGAAUUUGGAUGUCUCUAAUUAUUGUUUUAAUGAAAAGCAGUAAAUCAUACAAAUUUUAAAUUCAAUAAAGUUAACCCUUUGGUUCCUGUAGGUUUUCAAGCAGUAGCCAGAAUAAAAUUCUAAAGUGCAACAAUUGAUGUGAAAGGGUUUAUGAUAUGAUAAUUUAAAUUGUCCCUUGAAACAUAAUUAGCAGUAAGUUUUCAUUCUGUAUUUAUUUAAUAUCCCAUUUUUCCUUUGAAGGUAUUAUAUUUAUUUUUAGAUUAAAGUAAUUUUUUUUUUGCUUGUGGUAAUGGUUCAAAGCCAUACACCAUAACCAUUAUUAUAUGGCACAGCAAAUACCUUUAUAAUUUUUUUUGAGUACAUCAUGCAUUUAUUUUUUCAACAAAACAUAUUGUGCUGCACUGUAUCUAAAAUAUUUCAUGCUGCAAAUAUUUUGGGAUGAAGUAAUCUAGUGAUCAUAUAGAUUAUUUUCUUUUUGUCAAGUCAAAAUUUGUAGAUGCUGAGCUUCAUGGUAUUUCAUAACUUGAAGGAAAUAAAUUAUUUGGAAUCUUGGUGAAAAAAUGUAUAACUCAUGGAAUACGAAUUGUUUUAAAUUUUUUGGGGAUAUGGCCAUGGUGUUAGAACUUCUUUUGAACCCAUUGUAGGUUUUAGUCAGUUUAUGUAAUCUCAAAUUAAAAUAUUAAAAGAAAAAAGUUGGCUGCAUACAUUCCAUUAAACAAAAUCAAGGAUCAAGUUUGUUAUGUAAUUCAAAAGUUAGGUUUGAUUCACCGAGGUGUUCAACUUUGCUUUUUUCACUGACACAACAGAGAUGGAGUGAUAAGAAAAUUUUCUUUUAAUAUCACAGCUGUAGACAAUUUUUUAUGUAAUGUUUUAUUAUGAACACAAAAUAAACAGUAUUUUGUA